AUGGGUUUAGGUUUACAUUUGCCUCCUGUUGAAGAUGCUCCACGUGAUGAAACAGCAAUCAAUAUAAGAAAAAGAAGAAGAAAUAAUGAAGAUUUAAAUUUAUCUGCGAGAGAAGUCUGUGAUAUCAUCACUAUUCAAAUUAAAGAGCGCACAUUUAAAGAUCACCUUUCAGGGGCAAAACUGUUUUUAAAGGAAAACUGUGCAGAAUAUCAAAAAGCACUCCCACUAAAUGAUAUAGAACAGUUUUGCAGAGCCUAUUCAAUGAUCGAUAAAGAACUUUUAAAAACAGAAUUAAAUAUAUUUUAUUCUAGACCAGAAAUAAUCGAUAAUCCAAGAACUUCUGGUUGGUUAACAACAUUAAAUGUCAUCCUAUCGUUAGGUGUAGAAGCAGUUUUUAAGGAAAUUACUCAAGCUUUACAAAUAUUAGUGAUGAUACCAAUGACAACAGCAGAACCAGAAAGGUGGUUUUCAAAACUAAAUCUGAUUAAAACUUUUUUGAGAAAUACUAUGUGUGAAGAUCGUCUAAGUGCGUUAGGAAUGUUGUCUAUUGAGAACUCUGUGGUUAAAAAUAUUCCAGACUUUAACGAAAAGGUGACAGAAGACAGAAGUUCAUUGCGGACAAAAGCAGGAGAAUGGAUGGAACUUUAA